AUGCCUCGCAAGGCGUUUGUUGCUGACCUGCAGGAGGCCACCAAGGUCUUUGACCGAAUUAAUGUGUCACGUCUAAAAGCAGGGGAGGAAGAUGGCAUGAUCAACUUCCACUAUCACAUAAGUGACGGAGAUGCUACAGAAAUUACAAUCAUGGUUCCGGAUCUUGGAGAAUAUCCCGAAUCACAUAUGUACAUGUUUUACACGAAUUCUGAAAAUGUGCCCCAAUCCAUCCACUCAGCGUUAGACGACAUGAGCAACUGCCCUGGCAUGAAAGUCUCGGACAUGAUGGCCAAAAUUGUUAAGACACUUGACAGGGCAACCGCGGGCUCCAGACACAAUCCCGUGGACAUUGACGAUGGUGAUCCUAUGCAGAUUGACUCCGAUCUCGAGCCCGAAGAAUCUGACGACCCAGAUGAAUAUGACAGCGACGCCGGGGUCUGGUCCCCAAAAUCGCCAAAGCAUCACUCAUCGAACAGUGCUCCGCAGCUGGGUCUGGGUGAUCGCACCACUAUCCGGGCCUCGAAUGCAAGAAUCCGCAAGGAUCUUCGUUUGGCAAAAGACGCUGGCUUUCGAAUUUCCUACCUCGGUAACUUGCUCAACAAUGGCCAAGACGGAUUUGUGACUAUUGCAUGCCGUGUUGCUAAGCUUGGUAUCUCGGACGAAGCUUUACAAGCAUGGCAUCUGGAACAAAACCAGUACUUCAUGCUGCUCAUACGAUACACCGCCGGCUACAAGGAUUUAGACCGCCUUAUCGGCCAGAGCAUGUCUUAUGGUAGUAGUGGAGUGCAAAUGCGUGUGGGCUUGAGCUCCAAGUAUAAGAUUGCAAUAGAUGAGGCCAUCGCUGCCUUCGCAGUCUUGGAAGACAAGAGCAAGUCUCGGAAGCUCAUUACUACUCAAGCACCUAGUACGUCUAAGAAAGGAGUCUUAGGUCGUAUCUUCAUCGGCAAACCACUUGACGAUGUCUUGAACGACCGACUCAUACCCCUGCUCAGGUACCGCAAAGCAAUGGGCUUUGACUGGAGUGGCGCCGAAGAGUUCUUCAAUGAUAAUCAAGGCCGGAAUCUCGAUGAAGAAAAUGCUAUAGACCCCAAAUACUGGGCCGAGAGUCCUUCCAACCAUCUGGAGACAUUACCAAAGCUCGUGACCCAGGAUCAUAUGACCGGUAACCAGAAGGAGCGCUCAUUUCCUCUGGCGGCCAUGCAAUUCGCACUGCGUCACCUUGUCCGAUGCACAGAAUUCUGCUUGGUUUGCAACUGCAAAGUGGAGGCCGAUUUCGAAGCUCUGAAACCCUAUGUCUGCUCGAGACCAUUAUGCUUAUACCAGUAUAUGAGCUUGGGUUUCGGACCGAGCAUCGAACACGAAAUCAUAACGCAGCCUCAUGUCGUCGAUCUUCUAGUCAGCUUCUGUUACACGAGUGCCACUUAUCGCAAGCUUCGAUACCUUCCUACUGGUAUGGCUCUUAUGGUUCCAGCACCAAAACUCAUGACGGACCGCCAAGCCUCUAAUAUCAGCUAUGAAAUGUCAUACCCUCCCUUACCCUACCCUAUGACUGAUGGAGUCAACUCUUAUCAGACUCCUAAGAGACAAGGAUUCGUGCAAGAAAUCUCAACCUACAAAGCAAAAUUUGAUCGCCAGAAAAUGGAGCUUCUGUUUCCCCCCGGCGCCGCGCAAGUGCUGUAUCCUGGCAAUUGGGUAUCUUUUGUUCUUCCCACGCUACAAGAGGAACGUUAUCAUUGCAGAGUGAUCGAGGUAUUGUAUCCAGCGGUCAAACUAGCUGCACCAGUGGUUCGGGCUGUGAGGAAGACUGGAAAAGCUGACCAGCCGGCUGCUAUGGGUGUCUCCCAGCGACACCUUUCGAGUACGAACAGAGCCAACAUACCAAGCACUUUGACCCCAGCUACAACCCCCCCACCAACCAUCUUCGCGGAAACCUCAACGAAUCAGCACCCGGAGGUCCAAUUCAUUGUCUAUGAUCAGAAUUUCGACGAUCUCGACAACCAUGAAAAGCAGGACUCAAUCUGUAUGCUGCUAGAGACCCUGCCCAGUGUGCAACAGAUGGGCGAUUAUCUUCGGAGCAAGGGCGGCCAGGACACUUCCUUACGCCAAUGGGCUGAGCGAAUCUCACCAGCAGCGCUUGGUGUCCUUCGUUGGAUUAUUGCUUCAAAUCGCUCCUGCAUCAUCCAAGUCGACAGCCUCGAGGGAAGCGACCGUAAGUCUGAAGAGAGAGUUUCCGGGAUGCCUGGCUGGAUGCAAUUCCGCUUCGCUCAAGGUGCCCCAGACAAAGAACAGAGAUUCGUGACAUCGAUACGUGAUACAACACCGAAUGCGAAACAUCCUACCAUCUUUGCGUGGCAUGGUAGUCCCUUGCACAACUGGCACGGCAUCGUCAGAGAGGGUCUGCAUUUCGAGAAGACUGAUCAUGGCAGAGCUUUCGGCAAUGGUGUCUAUCAUUCCUUGCACGCCCACACUAGCGUCGGGUACAGCAAUAUGGGAGUCUCGUAUCGCGGCUACAGCGGUGAAGAUAUUGGAUUAGCUCCCGGGAUGUGGCCUCACAGUCAGCUGAGGAUAUCGCAGGCAAUCGCCCUGAAUGAGAUUGUGAAUGCCCCUUCGCAGUUUGUUAGCAAGAAUCCGCACCUUGUCGUGGCCCAGCUCGACUGGAUUCAGUCGCGUUAUUUGUUCGUCAGGUGCAACAUCCAGGGAAUGCAGCUUCAGGAUAGUCCACCGACCCAAGUGUACGAACAAGAUCCUUCGUAUACGCCUGUUGGGGAGAAGAGCUCACAGAUUAUUAUGCCCGUCACUGCGGUCAGCAAAUCCCGGAGACCUGUGUCAAAGGCUGUCACCGUUAAGACUGGAAAUAAGAAAGUUAAAGUUGCAAAUGUACAAGAGCUGGAAGAAAUUGCCAUGAUAAGUGAUAACACGGACUAUGAAGAUCUUGAGGUAUUGUUUUCGGACACAGAAGAGAAGACAGAAGCUCCUCCGUCACAGUCGAACAAAGGAAAGGGCAAAGCUCUUCCGAAGCUCCCAUACUCAGCUAGACCUGAUGCAUCGAAGACAGACUUUGUGCCCGGCAGUCUCAAUCACAAAACGCUCCAUCUACUCGAGCCACCUUCCUACGCGACCUCAAUGGCCACCAAAGCGCUACAACGGGAAUUGACCGCCACGCUGAAAGUCCAGGACACACACCCAGCUCAUGAAUUGGGAUGGUACAUCGACCGGGAACUCAUCAACAAUGUCUAUCAAUGGAUCGUGGAAUUACACUCUUUCGAAUCGCACCUUCCCCUAGCCGAAGACAUGAAGUCUAAAGGCAUCAAGAGUGUGGUCAUGGAGAUUCGAUUCGGCAAGAAUUAUCCUAUGAGCCCACCCUUCGUCCGUGUCCUUCGUCCUCGUUUCUUGAGCUUCAUGUCAGGUGGAGGCGGUCACGUUACCGCUGGUGGGGCACUGUGCAUGGAGCUCCUUACCAACUCUGGCUGGAGCGCUGUCUCGAAUAUCGAAUCAGUUCUCUUGCAGGUCCGACUCGCAAUGUCGUCCACGGAUCCAAAGCCAGCACGUCUAGAGCCAGGAGUUGUUAGGGACUAUCAGGUAGGAGAAGCUGUGGAGGCGUUCGUUAGGGCCUGUCAUACACACGGCUGGGAAGUACCCGAGGACUUCAAAUCGUCACAUGGGGGAGUAAUGGGUGGAAUCUCCGGCUUCAGGCAGAGAUAA